AUGUUUUUAUUGUUGCUUUCAAAUUCUUUAUCUAUUUUCUUCCUUUAUUUCUUUCUUGAUUAUUGCAUUCUUUUUAUCUUUCUUCUUCCCUCGCGACAUUUUUUUUUUUUUUCUCAUUCUUUUCAAGACUCUUCUUUUCAAUUUUUCUCUGCUGAUUUCUUUUCUCCAUCAUUCUUUCCUAACUUUCAGUCAUUUCUUACCCUAUUCUUUCUUUCUUUUUUCUUUCUUCCUUUAUUCAUUCUUCCUUAUUCUCUUACCCUUAUUCAUUCUUCCUUUUUUUCAUUCUCCCUUAUUCUUCCUCUCUUUCUUUCCUUAUUCGUUCUUUAUUCAUUCUCCCUUAUUCUUUCUCUUUUAUUCAUUCUCCCUUUCUUUCCUUAUUCUUUCUUCCUUUAUUCAUUCUCCCUUAUUCUUUCUCCCUUUCUUUCCUUAUUCUUUCUUUCCUUUAUUCAUUCGCCCUUAUUCUUUCUCCCUUUCUUUCCUUAUUCUUUCUUUCCGUUAUUCAUUCUCCCUUAUUCUUCCUCCCUCAUUCUUUCUUUCUUUAUUCUUUCUUUUUCCUUACUUCUCUACAUCCCGUUUUCUUUCUGCUUCCAUAUUAUUUUUUCACGCUUCUUUUAUCUAUUUCUCUAA